GCACAUCCCUCGGAGAGAAAUGCUUGGACCCUUUUUUCCCGUUAACUCCUGUUGAGCACAGUUUCAUUUAUACCGAGACUGACUCCGAUAUUAGGUAAGAGAAAGAAGAGUAUACAAACAGAAAGCUGUUUUUUCCAUUCUGAUGGAGGAUUGCUGUUUUGGGUUUUAGGUUUUCUUUUCCUUCUUUCCGUGUAAUUUCAUUGUAUCUUACAAUGGUGAGUAGGAGCUUUUAUUCGCUUUAGUUGCAUAUAUCAUCUUUGUGAAAUUGUACAAUGCUUUUAUAUUUUCUGUUGUCUUUGGAAUAUGUCAAUGUUGUAAUGUGUUAUAUUUUAUACCUCAACACAUCACAAGUCUGCAGACAAAAUUAAGAGGUGAGACAACUGGUUUUCUGUCAGCAAGUUUUGUAUUUCUUCAUUUGACUUUUUCUGCCCUAAAAACACUGCAUGUUAUUUCAGGGCAGAAACAUUUCUGAAACAGGACCUUUUCCCCGGGAGUGCUUUCAAGAUUAUUAACAAAAUGGUGUUUCUCAGUCCAGAUCAUCCUUCGGUGUUAGUGGAUGAGGUUCUUCACAGCAUCUUCUUCUUGGGAAAAAUCCACAGUCCCCCAUGUCUCCCACAUGUUAUUGUCAAUGACCGUGAGAUGCUGGAAGAGUUACAAAACCUGUACCCUCAGCCUUUUGUCUUCUAUUUCACUCAAUUACCAAAGAGGAGUCCAUUUUCCUGUGUGCUUGACAUGAUUAUCCACCUGACUGGACAGAAGGUCUUCCUGACUGAAGAAGCUAAGGAAAGUGACAUAAUAGAAAGCCUGCGAGAGGUCAUCUCUGAUCUGAAGAAGGAUAAAGCAAACGACCUGAUCUCCUCCGCCAUCUGUGUGUCUCAAAAGAAACCAAUCCAAGACUCAGUCAGGUACUAUGGAGUCUCCAUGUCCACCUCUGGCUGUGUUCCCGGGCGAAUCAUGGUUGCUGCCUCCUGUCUCAGCACCUGGGACCCUUUUGUAGCCGAUGCAGUGAUGACCUACAAUCCAGACAAGGUCAAAAAGGACUAUUUUGAUGGAACCUUCCAAAUCCAAGAGCUGAUCAGGUGUCAGGCCUUUAGCCUGACAAAAGGAGGUCAAAUGGAUCCUUGCAGAUCAUGUGGGAAUCUGUUUGGUUUGACAACAUGUCAAAUAAAAGUGUGGGCCUAUGGCAACUGUGCUGAAGCAGAAAGUAUAAGCAACUUGCUUAAAAAUGAGGCUGAAGUGAGAGAGCAAAUAAGACCAACAUCUGAUAGGAACACAGAGAGGAACAGGCAAAGGGCAAAAGAGAGUGUUGUUAACGAUCUGAAGACAUGGCUGAAAUUGGUGAAAUUCAAUCAACAGGAUUUGCAAUUCUACACACCAGAAUUGACUGGUGGGCUGAAGAAUGCUCCCUGUGUCUGUGGAUUAUUCUAGAUGUUUUGAGGUGUGUGAAUUAAUAUAAUCAGAGUUGUUUAUAUCUCGCUUACUAAUUGUAAAUUGUUAUUUGGGCCAGUUAUGUAAAGAUGGAACAAUAAAAUAUAAGAAAGCAUACAUGGCAAAAUUGUAAAGUACAAGUGUGUCAACAGGUUAAAUCCAGCAUCAUGGAAGAUUUGAAAGCUCUUCAUUUGAUCUUGUCAUUCAUGGAAAAAUAAAGAUGUACACUGAGGUUAA